AGCAUUCUGGAGAAAGGGCAAGCGGAGGACAAGGGGCUUCUCCCUUGGUUGCCGGGAAGAAGGCAGUCCUCACAAUUCUUGGGAGCAGGGGAGCAUGCUUUAAAUGUACGGUGUGUGCAGAGUGCAACUUUUCCCUGCCUGUGUGUUGAGCUGCACCUGCUGAAAUUCCUUCAUCAUUCCACACAGCUGUUAAAGGCCCAAGAGCUCUGUUCUAUUUGGCAUUUGGUCUUGGGAGCUUGCAGCCAAACUCUGGAGAGGAGUAUUCUUGCCUGCUGUGUCAUCCACUCCUCCAGCCCUCUGUGGCAGGAACAGAGGGAAAGUUUCCUAUUGCUGUUGGUUCUUCCUCUCUUGUCGUUCUUUUGGGGCUCCUCCUGCCAUCUUUUUCUCUUCUGCUCCUUUUUCUCUCCCCAGGUAAUAUCCCAAGAAUGGAGCAUGACCAAAAUGGAGCUGGCCCUCAGCAACCACCACCUCCCAUAAGCAGCUCUGAAGCGCUGCCUACUGAGAACGGUUUAGAGAAACAAAGUGAAAAGUUGCCUCCGAGGCCUCUGUCCCCUGAGAACGCAGCGCAUUCUCAGCCUGAAAUAAAGCUGUGCGAUAUAUCUGAGGAGCUGAGCCGACAGCUGGAGGACAUUAUUAAAACCUACGGGUCAGCUGCCAGCCUGGUGGAGGAGAGAAAUGCUAAAGCGACAACAGACAGACCUGAGAAAGGAGAAUCCUUUAAUAAUGAGGAUGGAGAAUAUGAAGAUGCCCAUGACGAGGCUGAGAAGGAACAGGCAGCUUCUGGGGAUGCGUCUGGAUCAAAGGAAUCCAGCAGCCAGAAAGAGCAGAAGCUGGAAAAGAAAAUCCUGAAGGGACUAGGAAAAGAAGCUACCCUGCUGAGGCAACAUUUGAACAAGCUGAAUACCCCAGAAGAGAAGCUGGAGAUCCUGUUUAAGAAGUAUGCUGAACUGUUGGAGGAACAUCGUACUGAACAGAAGAAGCUAAAGUAUCUGCAGAAAAGGCAGGCACAGCUCACAAAGGAGAAGGACCAGUUGCAGAGUGAACACAGCAGAGCAGUACUUGCCCGAAGCAAACUGGAAAGUCUCUGCAGAGAGCUACAAAGACACAACAAAACCCUGAAGGAGGAGACCCUUCAGCGAGCAAGAGAGGAUGAGGAAAAAAGGAAGGAGAUCACUACUCAUUUCCAAGGCACCUUGAACGAUAUCCAGGGACAGAUUGAGCAGCAAAGUGAAAGGAACAUGAAGUUGUGCCAGGAGAACAGUGAGCUGGCAGAGAAAUUGAAAAGUAUCAUAGAUCAGUAUGAAGUCAGAGAGGAGCACCUAGAUAAGAUAUUUAAGCACAGGGAGCUUCAGCAGAAACUGGUGGAUGCCAAGCUGGAACAGUCGCAGGAAGUGAUGAAAGAAGCUGAGGAGCGACAUCAGCGAGAGAAGGAAUAUCUACUUAACCAAGCUGCAGAGUGGAAACUACAAGCAAAAAUGCUGAAGGAGCAAGAGACAGUUCUCCAGGCCCAGCUUGCUCUCUAUUCUGAACGAUUUGAGGAGUUUCAGAAAACCUUGACAAAAAGCAAUGAGGUGUUUGCCAGCUUCAAGCAAGAGAUGGAUAAGAUGACCAAGAAAAUGAAAAAGUUGGAAAAGGAUACAGCUACGUGGAAAGCAAGAUUUGAGAACUGCAAUAAAGCUUUAUUGGACAUGAUUGAAGAGAAAGCCAUGCGAGCCAAGGAGUACGAGUGCUUUGUAGUGAAAAUUCAAAGGCUGGAGAAUCUGUGCAGAGCUCUUCAGGAUGAAAGGAAUGUGCUGUACAAAAAAAUAAAAGAUGCAAAAUUCCCUGAGGAGAAAGAGGAGGAGGAGGAGGAAGAGGAGGAGGCAGAACCACCACCACAACUGACUGGACAGGACGAUGGUCUGAAAAAUGAGGCUAGUGUGAGCUCCUCUGUUGCAGGCCAGGCUGCUGCUGAGCUACCUGCCACUAAUGAGAAUAUUCUGAAGGAUCUGGCUGCAUCUUUCAUGGUGACCCAUCAUGAGGGAAUGCUCCCAAUAACCGCUAAUGUGGACGCACCUGAACCCCUGGGAGCCACUAAUGUAGAAAUGUCUGACAAACCGUGUAAUCUGCAAGUUUGUCCCCCGGAGCCAUUGCUCCCCAUGCCUCAAGACACAGAGAAUAUCUCCAUACAGCCAGCAGCAUCCACACCCACGGCAGAAAAACAUGAAGGGGACACGGCGAAACAACUUGCUCAGGGUCAUCCAGUUCUGCAGUUGUUGGAUGCUGACAUGGAAGGAGUCGAUUAGUAUUAAUGUGAUUAUAUUUAUUUCCCAACUGCCAUCCUUUCAUAUAUAUAUUUUUUUCCUAAUUAUGCGGCUUUAAAAUCUUCAGAGAUUUUCUCCUCAAAAUCGUGGGACGUGUCUUGUGUCUGUGACAUCGAGCCCCGUUGGUAGCAAUGCAUUUUCAGUUUGCCCACUUUUUCAUCAAAUCAAAGCAAAAAAAAGUGCUUUCCUGAAGUGUCACAAAAUGCAUGGCGUUUGCUCCCAUCAACCUGUUUUGAAAAUCCAUUAAGACUCCCUACUUUAAGAACGACAGCACUUUAAUUCAACGUGCUCUCACAAACACCUGAGUGUGUUAGUUUGGUCUGAGGUGCCACAAUGUCACUUCUAAAUAUAGGAAUAAAUGUUGCAUGGGGGAAGCAUACUUGGGGAAGUAGAAGCUGGAAAAGCAAUAAGGCGAGGGUCAAAUCUUAUUCCAAAGUAACUACUAAUUAGUCUAUGAUCUUCAAAACAUUUUUGUUUGGACAGAUUCUCCUGACUUCAAGCAAUUGUGUGUAUCCCUGGGACCCUGAUUCUUUUCUUUACCCCCAACACAAUCCUUUUCUCACAAGGAAGAAUAGUUGUCUAUGAUUCGCUAAUGAAGUAUUGGAUACAGAGAGUGAGAUAUGAAAAAUAGUUAAUGAGAUUAUACUUUUUUUUUACUGUAGGCUAGCCUACAGGCCUCUCAGUGUUGUUGGACUCCCAACGUGCAUCAGACUUGACCACUGGCCAUAUUGGUUGGAGCUGAUGGGAGUUGGAGUCCUACAGUAUCUGGAAGACCAUAGGUUAGCUGCCUCAACUGAACUAUUUACCUAUGUGCCUUGCUUUAAUACUUCACCCUAUGUCACUUACACUGUCACUAUUUCAACAAGUUUGGUCACAGCUGAGCAAUUUGUCGUUAAGUCCCAUUGAAUUAAACUUGUAACUGUGCCCUGGGUGGGCUCAUAGCUGCCAAGUUCUCCCUUUUUUAAAGGGAAAUUUCCUUAUGCUGAAUAGGCUUCCUCGUGAGAAAAGGGAAAACUUGGCAGCUAUGGGUGGGCUGCAUAACAUAGAAAUUGAAGGGGUGGUUUUUUCCCCCCUUGUAGGGUUGAAUUGAUUAAAUCUGUAGAAUUCUAGCCUGAAUUUGAUAAUUUAACUGUUUUGCUUGCUUAUCAGUAGUUUAAACACGGAAUUAAUACAGUUUCAAUACCUACUA